AAGCAGCAGUGUCGCUUUAAGAGCUCGAACCUGAUUCUGAAACAAUGGUUCAACCCCCAACAAGUCAUUGAAAGUGUCAAUCAGCGGGCGGUUCUCUUUGAUGUGCGCGGCUCGAGCGCUCCUUACAGCCCAAAUGCUCCGCUAAUGUUACCGCGCGGCCACCUCGGUGUCACCGGUCCGAACAGCUGCUCUGCUCUGCUGCGGCGCCACACACUCCCCCGCUGCUCCGGACUUGAGAUAAAUAAGUUUUAGCCGUUUCGUUCGGCGACUUUUUUUGUCAUUAUUUACAACGAAGAAAAAGUUUCAGUCAUUGUUGUUUUUCCUCCGGAAAAUGCCUCAGCUCGGUAGCGGCGGAGGGGAUGACGAUGAGUUCGGAGCCGACGACGAGAUGAUUUCCUUCAAGGAUGAAGGAGAGCAGGACGAGAAGAGCCAGGGGAGCGGCUUCACCGAGAGGGACCUGGCGGAGGUGAAGUCCUCCUUGGUGAACGAGUCGGAGAUCAACCAGAACCAGAGCCUGAGACUGAGCCUGAACCAGAACCAUAAUAACCAGAACCUGAACACGGGUCGCGCGGUGGCCGGACAGGGGCAGCAGAACCCGCAGCAGAGUUAUUCCAGCAAACACACUGACGAGCUCGAGGACGUAUCAAAACCUCAAGAUCGCGAAAUUUACAAAGGACCUGCCUUUUCAGGAUACCCAUUUCUGAUGCUGCCAGACCCAUACAAUGGAUCUAUGUCCCCAUCUUCCAACAAGGUGUCUGUGGUCCAGCAGCCUCAUGGGAUGCACUCACUCACUUCGCUGCUGCCCUAUUCCAGUGAGCCCUUCAGCACAGGCUCUGCACCACUGCCUGCAGACCUGAGCACAAAGCCAGGCAUUCACAGGCCAUCAUCCCAGGACAUUCCAGGCUUCUACUCCCUGCCUCCCAGCGGUGCAGGACAGAUCCCGCCAUCCAUGGGCUGGCAAAGUCAGUCUGUGUAUCCGCUGUCCUCAUGUGGAUUCAGACAGCCAUACUCCCCCAGCCUCCCCUGUGGCUCUUCCUUCUCCAGGUUUCCUCACUCAUUUAUACUGGGAGCCUCCAGCAUGCACCCUACUGGGAUCCCACAUCCUGCUAUUGUGCCCCCUACUGGUAAACAUGAGGAGGAGCAGUAUGACAAAAAUACUUACAUGAAGCCAGAUUCAGAAGGCAGGCGGGAGAAGGAGCCUAAGAAGCCUGUGAUCAAGAAGCCACUCAAUGCCUUCAUGCUGUACAUGAAGGAGAUGAGGGCCAAGGUGAUUGCUGAAUGCACACUGAAAGAGAGCGCUGCCAUCAACCAGAUCCUAGGCAGAAAGUGGCACGCUCUGUCCAGGGAGGAGCAGGCUAAGUACUACGAGCAGGCCAGGAAGGAGCGCCAGCUCCACAUGCAGCUGUACCCAAGCUGGUCCGCCCGUGACAACUAUGGCAAGAAGAAAAAAAGGAAGAGAGAGAAGCAGCAGGACUCCAACUCAGAGCGCAACUCUGCUAUGAGAUGCCGGGCUCGCUUCGGCCUCAGCCAGCAAACAGAGUGGUGUGCUCCUUGCAGGUGUGUACUGCGUGUAGAACUUCCUGUGCUGCGGCUCUGCCGUUUCCUGUUUCCUACUCUCCAUAGACCCCUAACGGCGACGUGAGCCUCCGUACUGUUCAUGACUUCUGUGUGCUGAGGCUGUAUGAUUAGCAUAGUGCGCUGCAAAGCUGCCACUUGUUCAGAAGAAAGUAUGACUCACCUGUACACACUGUGCACACUGUCAUACGUGGUAACGGCAUGACAUUUAGUCCAUGUGGACAGACUAGAUUUGAUCACACAGUGUGGGGAUGACUAGUUCUGGGACUGCAACAGUUCAUGUACAUCAUAGGCUCUCCUCCGUCUUCACAAAUCACUGAUCACCUUCAUGCCUUUGCUCUCUUUCCUCACACAGAGGUCUGCCUGUGCCACCUUCCUAUAAUUGAAAUAUUGUCCCCAUUUCUGCUCAAGCACCAUGUUUCUGCAUUUUCUCAGAGCUUCUCGUGCAAAUUAACCACCACCUCAGUCAUUCCUGUGCUCAGGGGCAGACCAUCUUUGUGUUUGACACGGAAAGACGAGUUUCCUUUGUGUCUUUUCACUGGCUGUAAAUGAUGAAGAGAAGCAUGGUGAUACUUUGUAUCCACAUUUCACUUACAGAUGACU